GCGGGUUUCGUUAACGACUACGUUUCCCGUCAUGCAGCGCGCUGCUCGGUUGCCAGGACUCUGUAGAAGCUGAUGGCCGCUGUGAUUGAUGUGUUACAGAAAGCAGACUUGAGAGUCACGUGACCCAUGGAAGCUGUGGCUGCUGUAGCCUGAAACGAGACACUUUGAUUUCCAUUCGCUGCAGCUGCAUCCCCUAAUAACCCUGCUGAAUAUGCUGGAGCAUAUUAGACUCAGGGGCGGGCCCAAAUAUACUGGAUUAUUAUAGCAGAAAACUUUCAGUUGUGAAACCAUUUAUCUGCAUAGUUGAUAGCUCAUGAUGGAGAGUGAGGCCAUGAACGGCUGGACCAUGAACUUUGACCUUCCUGAAUCUCAGAGCAGCUUCCUGCCGGCCAUGAAAGCUCUCCCUAUUUCAGCUGUGAAGCAAAACAGUGUCCUACAGACGCUUGUGAGCGGUUCAGGAGAACCGGAAAAAGAAUGUGACAGGGAGGAUCUCUUGAGAGCACAGGAGGAGUGGGAGGCCUUAGAAACCCUGCAGACAGGGCUGCACAGCGAAAAAUCAGGUCUCCUGGGAGACUUUCCUGGACAAACCAGUUUGAUCUCCUUUAAUGAAGCACUUCAGUACUUCCAGACAGCAGAUAUGUCAGAGUACAAGAGGAAGAUUCAGCCUACGGUUCGUCGUUCAGGACUCUCUCUAAUUUCUCACAUGCUAUUUGGGCCUCCCCGGCUUAGCAAGGAACUUCAUUCAGAGCGGGACCUGGUGCUUGCUAUUGCACAAUGUCCCCUGGACAACAGUCAGCAGGUUCACACCAGAGUCCUACAGACCAUAUACAAGAGGCUCACUGGGGCCAGAUUUGACUGCCCAUUGUAUGGAUCACACUGGGAGCAACUAGGAUUCCAAGGUCUGGAUCCAGGCACAGAUCUUCGAGCAGCUGGAUUGCUGGGUCUGAUGCACCCUUUGUACAUGGUGAUGGAGCCCAAAACACUGCCUCUUGCCCAUGAUAUUUACAGACUGUCACAGCACCAUACACAGAAUUUUCCAUUCUGCAUUAUGUCCAUUAAUAUCACCAGAAUCUGCCUCCAGGCUCUUAGAGAAGAACGAGUCUCCAAGGAAUGUAACCGCCGACAGCAGGUGUUUGCUGUACUCAAUGACUUCUAUGUGGCGACGUUCUAUCAUCUCUACCAUAUGUGGAAGACGCAGAAGAAAACUAUCAGUGACUCAGGCUUUGUCUUGAAAGAGGUUGAGUCUUUUGCCAAGAAAAACCCCAAGGAAUUAUUGCGCCAGUUUGACAACUAUCUGCAGGAGCGGCCUUUGCCCAAAGACCUGUCCCCAGAGAUUUGGGACCAGCAACCAAUAGAAUCUUCUAACCAGAGUCAGGGAAGCAGCCAUGGGAAUAUUUGCUUCACAGGCGUGUGUGAACAGCAAGUGCAAGAGGACAGGCUAAUCUGAGCAAAGGGAAGAAAAAUAGAUCUAAUAUUUUUAGAAGGAGCACAAGGAAUUGUAGUCUGUACACAGUGUCCCAGCAGCUGGAAUCUGUUGUCAGAAGGAGCAGUCUGAGAUCAAGCACCUCAGGCAGAGAAGAAAUGACACAGGAAAAACACAUUGAGGUGUCCUUGGUAAAGCUCUUUCUGUAUAAUAGGUCUGUCCAGCUGGAGGCCCACAUGCUAGAUGUGACCCUUCAAGGUUUUCUUUAAUGGCCUCCUUCUGUUUUGUUAUACUUUCAUGACUUAAUCUUGAUAUUAUCAAGCUGGUGAAAAUGUAGUAUGUUCGCUAAUUAGCCCACUACAUGGAAAGAGUUGGACAGGGCUUGUGUAGAGGGUUUGCUACAAGCAGCUUUAGUUAAUGAGCUCAAAGCUUAGACGUGUGCCGUUACCAGAUUAACUCACCGGACCUGCAAUGACAUUGUACAGAAAGCAAGAUUUCAGGUGUAGGAUUUCACAUUAAAAUGAUCGAAUUGAUCAGUGGUCUGAAUACUUUAGCACCGUAUGUGAUCACGCAAGGGUUUAUUUUUAUUUGUCAGGCAAUUAGGAUAUACAGUUUACUGUUUCUGUGAAUGACAAUAUACGAUUAGUCUUCUUUUCCUUAUUUAUAUAAACAAUAGUAGUGUUUCUGAGGCAAACACACCAGUUUUACCAGUGCAGGGCAACACUGCAUUAUAUUUGUAUUACUUUAAAACACUUAUUUUUUUGGUGUUACAUUCCCUUUAAAGUAACAGUAACAAAAAAAAAAGUGUUUUAUAGGAAUGACUAUAUUAGUUCUGUUGCUCUGUACUGGUAAAACUGGUGUGUUUGCUUCAGAAAUACUACUAUAGCCAUUCAAGCACAGGAAACACAAUAGAUCAGAUAAAUUCUGAAGAAUCCCAGUGUAUACUACAGAGCUUAUCUGUUAUCUGCUGUGUAUCCUGUGCCUUUUCGGCUGCCCCCAUGGCUACACAGCAGCUUGUUUAUAUAAAUUAUAGUAGUGUUUCUUAUGCAAACACACAACCUUUCCAGUGCAGCACAAAACUACAUUAUAUUUUCAUUACUUUAGAACACUUUAAUUUUUUGGUGUAACUGUUCCUUUAACAGCAUUUGAGCUGCUGGGAAACCUAUAUCAAUAGCUAGUGAGCCAAUGGUAGGAUUUAACAUAAUCCUCCUCUGUCUGAAUGUACUGAAAACAUUAAGAGGCAUAUUUAUCAAGGGUCAAAUUUCGAAUUGAAAAAACUUCGAAAUUCGAAUUCAAGCAGACCAACCGAAAUGUAGUUAUUUUUUUGGGGGUCGAAUAAGCCCAUUUUCGAUCAAAUAGGCCCUUAUUCGGCCGAAUUCGAAUUGUACGAAUUGAAGAAUAGCACAUUCAUUCUAAUUCGAUUCAAGUUUUUCCCACAAAAAAUAAAUUUUUUAAAGUCCACCAAUUGACUCCAAAUAGGUUCUAGGAGGUCCCCCAUAGGCUAAAACAGCAACUCGGCAGGUUUUAGAUGGCGAAUGGUCGAAGUUGAAUUUUUAAAGAGACAGUACAUGAUAAAUUUCGAUUUUCAUUCUUUUUCAAAUUUGAAUCGAAUUUGGACUAUUCAUUAGUCGAAGUACACAAAAAAUAGCUCGAAAUUAGAUUUUUUUUUAAUUCAAAAAUUCACCUCGACCUUUGAUAAAUCUGCCCCUAACUGUUAUGUAAUUUAUGUCGUUUGUAUGUUUAGUUACAACUUCCACCCCUAGACGGCCUUAUGUGAUGCAACUACAGCCCUGCAUAAAACUGUGAAUGGAAAUGCUGGACACUACAGGAGUGCUGGGGUGGUGACGUACCAACAGCUUCAUGUUCUUGCUCCAUGUAAGAGAACCAGUACAGUUAGAUCUGAUUCAUGCAAUCAGAGUCUAUGCAGAAAAUUGAAUAUACAAAAUCAUGUAUCUUUGUUCAACAUUCAACAAAACUGUAUUGUACCCUAGACAUGUAUGAACUGGGAUCUCGCAGUCUCUUAAUUAAAGGACAUAUUUGAAAAUAA